AUGGGCGAGGUCCCGCGGAUUCGCAUUGACCGCAGGUGCCUGAAGCAACUCAAGGAUCAGGCCAGUACAAUUGAACGUCUAUUCGGUGUACGUCUAUCAUUAUCGUGCGAUAAUGAUAAUGACAUUAUCCUGAGCGAUAACGAACCACCACCGGAUAAUGAUAGUGCCACAUGGAAUGAAAAUCAAGUGCUCGUACCACUUGAGCUAUCCGUUACCCUUUCCGGUUAUUUUAUCGGUGUGGACGUGGGAGGAGACAGUGGUGGGGAUAAGGAGCACAAUACAUCAUUGCCGGAUGAAGCGAGACACUGUGCACCAUCUCUCUCCCCUGACGUUGUCGCGAGGGUUCAGAGAUAUGUUGAUUGCACGGUGCUGGGACGUGGGAGUGCGGGCACCGGUACAGAAGCCGAGGACUCAUCCUAUGACAGCGAUUUCGAGGCUGAAGAUUCAAUCGGCUCGACAGUUGUGCAUUCACAAUUGGAGUCGCAGGUAUCAUCAUCCACGCAUUCGGACGUAUCGCGGACAACAUCCGACACCCUGGCGGCAGAGUUUGCGGAAUAUGUCACGGUACGGGGAGUGUCACCCACGCAGAAUCCAGGCUAUACCGCUCGGGUAGAGUUCGCCCUGAAGCUAGGAUACACCGAGCGCCUCGUUCAAGUGGCCCUCCACAAACUGGGUCCUGAUCCCGGCCAAAACGAGCUCCUAGCGGAGUUAAUCCGCCUCGGAGCGAGUUCGGCCCGCUUCACAGACAGUCCAGAGGACCCAGACUACCUCGCCGAGGUCGAUCCUCCCCCAGACGAAACUCGCCGAUCAGCCGAAUCCUCCGGAGGUCUACGACCAGUCGUCAUAGACGGCAGUAACGUGGCAAUGAGCCACGGUAAUAAAGAAAUAUUCUCCUGUCGUGGCAUUCAAAUCUGCGUCGAUUGGUUUCGCUCGAGGGGCCACAAGGAGAUCACAGUCUUCGUACCAAAAUGGCGUAAAGAGGCGUCACGACCGGACAAUCCCAUCGCCGAUCAGGAGAUUCUCGGGGAAUUGGAAAGAGACAGACUACUUGUCUUCACACCAUCGAGACUAGUCGGUGGAAAGCGAAUGGUGUGUUACGACGACAGAUACAUUCUACGACUAGCCGCCGAGCUCGACGGAAUAGUCGUCAGCAAUGAUAACUACAGAGAUCUAGCGCAGGAGAGUCCAGAGUUUCGUAAAGUCGUUGAGGAGAGAAUUCUCAUGUACAGUUUCGUCAACGAUCGUUUCAUGCCACCUGACGAUCCCCUGGGACGAAGUGGACCAACUCUCGACAAUUUUCUGAGGACAGGAGUGAGGAAGAACGAUCCUGCCCCACCCUGUCCCUACGCCAAGAAAUGUACCUACGGGAAUAAGUGUAAAUUUCGUCAUCCCGAGAGGGGUCCACAUCCCCAGAAGUCAGUGACUGAGAGACUCGUUGAGCACGCACAGAGGCAUCUUCAAGCCAGGGGUCCAAGUUUGAGUCUACCAUUGUCAUCAUCGAGUUCAAAUGUUCACACGGGCCAUCAGCCUCUCUGCAGAGCGAGAUCUGCUGUUCCUCCGUCCAUUCAAUCAUCCACAUCCGUCCCCAAGAGCAAAUCUGUCGAGAAUGUCACGGAUUCGGUGGCGGCCUCGGUCUAUGUCCAGCAGCUGCCUGCGACCAGUGUUCAAGGGUAUUCGGGGGCUGUGGGGUGGCCUGCACCGAGGGUGAAUAAUCCGGAGCCAGAGCCGGCUAAUAUGCAUAGGAAAUUGCAGAGGCAGUUGACGUUGAAUCCAGCGUGCGAUCCAAGAUUGUAUCAAUUGAGGAGAUAUCAUCAGCAACCUCAGCAUCCUGGGAUGCCCUCGGGUAGAAGUAGUAUGCAGCACAGGCCGCUGGUCAGGCACACCAGUAACGAGUCUUAUUCACUUUCUAUGAACUGGGAUCCAUCGGACCACCACAACCAUCAGCACGUGACGCGCAUAGCCUCAGCCCCCGAUUCCUCCCGAGGUUGGCCCCCACGAGGUGGAGGCCUAGCACUGCCCCCAAGAAGUCAACGUCUAGGAACAUCAGAGCCUCAACUAAACCUCGUCCCAUCUCCCUCGCUACCUAGUCUCCACCCCCCAUGGACAGCAUCGCAAACGCAAGACGCCAGACGUCGUCUCCACUACCACCUCGCAAAUAUCUUCCCCGAAGAGCAGGUCCAGACAGCGAUGUCACUGCAUCCGCACGAGACAGAUCCCCAAAAGAUAUGUGCAGCAAUUCUCGCAAUGUUCCCUAAACCCUAGGGAAUCAGUCUUCUCCAGCAAUUGCUUGCGUUGUUUCUUCCAAACGCCCGAAAAAAAUUUCAUAGAAAAUUCUAGCGAAUUCGCUAGGCAAUUCCAUUUUAUUUCUAUUAAACUUUCUACAGUACAGACUUCGUAUAAGAUAGCUCUCUAUAAGAUAUCUCGCGCUCCGAGGGCUCGAGGCCUACCCCCACUCACGGCACUUUUAUCGCCUCCCGAAUGUUUAUGUUCCGUGGGCUCCUUAUAAGAUACCUAUAGCCCCGGUCAUUUUUCGACGGGUAGAGAGUAGUUAAAAGGAUCAAA